AUGAAUAAACUGGAGGUUGACGCUUACUUUGAGCUUCUUGAAAGCAUAUUGACAGUAGACGAUGGUGUAUUGAAACCGAGUUGUAUCUUCAACAUGGACGAGACUGGUCUUCAGCUUAAUAAUCGACCAGGGCAUGUUCUAGCUGAAAAGGGUUCUAAGGCUGUAUCUACAGUUACUUCGACUGAAAAGGGAGAAACGAUUACAGUUAUAGCCUGCUGCAAUGCUGAAGCUUCUGCAGAUAAUGCAAUUGCGGGUUUUAAAGCUACAGGUGUUCACCCCUUCAAUCCAACCGCAAUUCCCGACUACGCGUUUACCCAAGAAUUGACAAAGCAAAUGUCUAAAUCUCAAAAUGAGUGUACAGCCACUGUUAUGGUCGAGGAGCAAGAAGAAAAUACUAGUAACAUAGCUUCUGCUAAUCUGGAAUCAGUUCCAAAUACUUUCGAAGUGCGAUAA